CAAAAGUGUUCUGUGUCCAAAUUGUAGGUGGAGGUGGAAAUUGGGUGAUUUUAUUUUAGUUGAUUAUGAUUAUGAAAUGAUUUAAAACCAAUUAUUCCAUUAUUUUUGUUGUUUUGAUCCGCUUAUUUUUGAUGUUGAAAUCCUCCCUUAUCCAUUCAAAAUGAUGCAUCUCAAUGCAGAUAUAUCGAGUGCUCUGCAGCUCCUGGAAGAUAUUAAACAAACAGUGGAUAACAUAGGCGAUCCAAAACUGCAACUAAACACGAGCCAAGACCUAAAUUUGCUCAUAAGCGUUCUGGAGAACCCGGUGUUCCGCAGUAUAGUCACAGUUCAGGAUUCCGUCAGCGAAUUAAACCAGCAAUUGAGCCAGCAUCCAUCCAUUUUGCCUGUUGAUUUCGAUAUAACAGCGGCCGGAGAGCUAGUCCUGAACGUUCCACCAGCUGGGGAAUUGUACGAUCCGGAUUACACGGACGAUUAUCCUCCUAGUAGGGAUUUCGACGAGCAAAGAGUGCCUUCAGCACCUAUAUCUCCCAGUUCACCGCAAGUGCCAAUUUUAAGUAAUGCGGAGAAUCAGUUAUUGUUAGUUAACAGCCCGAAUCUCAACAGCAGGCUGUGCGCUUCAGAGUCGCUUAGAGUCCUGCAGAAUAAUUCUGGUUUUCCUUCGAAUGACGACGAUAUUAUUCACCGUUCUCCUUCCGUUGGAAGCAAUAAUUCAAAAACCGAGCCCGAUAAUUUAAUAAACAGCGAAUGGUCGCAAGUGGAAAGUAUCGAUUUGAUUAAUGACGGUACUGGUUUAGGAUUUGGAAUAUUAGGCAUGAGGAAUAUGGGAGUUGUUGUUAAAACCAUCCUGCCUGGCGGAGUUGCGGAUAGAGAUGGAAGGUUGCAGAGUGGCGAUCAUAUACUACAGAUUGGUGAUGUGAAUCUUCAAGAAAUGAAUUCUGAACAAGUUGCGUCUGUAUUGAGGCAGUCUGGUACACGUGUAAGGCUAAUAGUGGCUAGACCAGUAGAUAUUUCAUCAACUGAAUACAAGUAUUUGGGAAGUUCAGCUCCGUUGGUUCCGACUCGAUUGCUGCACGAUUGCAACGAGUUAGACAAAUACCUUGUACAACACAAGUACGCUCCGGUCUUUCAAAAAAAUAUUGACAUGGAAUUGUUUCAAAGUGAUCUAUCUAUGCCUUAUGGAAUAUCAGGGCUUUCUCGAGUCCCUGCUUCUCCUUCGUUACCAUUGUUAAACCUUGAUAUGGUUGUUAAAAUGCCUGAAAUGGAAAAGUUUGUUGUUGAACUGAAAAAGGAUAUAAAUGGCUUAGGUAUAACUAUUGCUGGAUACGUUUGUGAGAAAGAAGAGCUUUCCGGUAUAUUUGUUAAGAGCGUCAGCAAAGGUAGUGCAGCUGAUUUGAGUGGUAAAAUUAAAGUAAACGAUAGAAUAGUAGAAGUUGAUGGUCAAUCAUUGCAAGGCUACACAAAUUUGCAAGCCGUCGAAGUGCUAAGAAACUCCGGGAAUACUGUCAAGUUGUGUUUAGAGAGAUACCUGCAUGGGCCGAAAUACGAACAACUUCAACAAGCUAUCGCAGCAAGUGAAAUAAAACCUGCAUCACCACCAGAUGUGCCACGAUUCCUCAAGGAAGAAGGAAUGCUAAAUCUAAACGGCGGUAGCAGUAGCAAUCAUGAUUCUGGACAGAUGCACAAAGAACUGUACAACAAUGUUCUGAAUAAAACAGAAAUCAUUGCUCCGAUAAACGAAGAAGCUCUCAAAAAGAAAUGGCAAAAAGUAAUGGGCCCAGACACCGAAAUAAUCGUAGCACAGCUGACCAAAUUCGGCGAAAAUAGCGGCUUAGGCAUUAGCUUAGAGGGCACCGUCGAUGUCGAAGACGGGCAAGAAGUCAGGCCGCACCACUACAUCCGUUCCAUCCUCCCCGAGGGCCCCGUAGGCCGGAACGGCACGCUCAAAUCAGGAGACGAGCUCUUGGAGGUCAACAAUCACAAAUUGUUGGGCAUGAACCACCACGAGGUGGUCAGCAUCCUGAAGGAGCUGCCCAUUAACGUUUGCAUGGUGUGCGGCCGGAAUCCCUUCAACCUGCUGGCGCAGCGCGACGAUUCCGUCACCGAGCGCAGCGCUCUGAAUCGCAGCUUGCAAAACCUGCUGCCUGUUUCCGAUAGGCUCGUCAAGGCCAAAUCGGACGGAUCGUUAGCGAGCAGCAUCUCGAUCUUGGGAUCGACCGAUCAAUCGUUCACGAAAAUGAAAUCGCGCUCACUCGAACCCCUCACCGGACUCGCCAUGUGGAGUUCGGAACCGCAAAUCAUUGAGUUAGUUAAAGGCGAACGCGGCUUGGGUUUCUCCAUUUUGGAUUACCAGGAUCCCAUCGAUCCGAACGAUACUGUUAUUGUAAUAAGAAGUUUAGUGCCGGGCGGCGUAGCUCAAUUAGAUGGUAGGCUUAUUCCAGGCGAUAGGCUCUUAUUUGUCAAUGAUACAUUGUUAGAAAAUGCUUCCUUAGAUCAAGCCGUGCAGGCUCUCAAAGGUGCUCCUAAAGGAAUUGUUAGAAUAGGUGUAGCUAAGCCAUUGCCAAUUCCAGAUACUAUAGGCCAUAAUUCUCUAGUUGAUAUCGAUUCGAAUAGAUAUGUAACCGCUAAUUCUAUAUUAAAUUAGCAUUGGAAUCGUCUUCAGGCGUUGUAAUUCCAUUUUGCAUUGAAAUUUAAUUAGCAACUCAAAUUUAUUCAACACAUUAUAACGUCACGCAAUGAUUUCAAUGUAUUAUAUUACGAAUCUCACACUUAUAUGUAUUAAUAAUUUAAAAAUAACUAUUACUAAAGAUUGUUCUGAAAAUAUCCAAUAGGUCAAUUAUAGCAAUUAUAUUUUACUAUUGUUUCCAAUAUUAUAAAACUUAUACAUUGGAACAGUCUUUCGUAAUUCUCUGUAUUAGAGGCAAUGACUUGAAAAUAACUCGGAGUAUUAGACGAAAUUCUUUUUACAUUCCAUUUCAGUAUUUUAUUGAAUAAAACGUUGCGGUACGUGUAAAGGGUCAAAGCGCACAAUCGAUGUUGAUUUUUUAAAAAUAUUUUUCGGCAUUCACUUUUGCCUACACGAAUAGCAAUAAGUUUAACGUUCAAUUGCAAAUAUUUCACACACUGUGUAAAGGUGGCGGGAAUACCGUUGUUGAAAUUCAGAUCUAAAAGUUUCAACGAACCGAGGCUUAACUGCUAUAAAAGAAAUUUGUUAAGGGAGUUUUAGAUCUGAUUUUUGUUAUUAUUCACAUUAACAUAUCUGUAUUAUUAAUAAUUAAGUCACUUAGGUGAUUAGUUCGACGUUUUUUUAACGGCGUUUAAUUUUAUUGAACUUUACUACUACCUAUAUACAAUUAUACAAUUUUCGCGACAGAAUAAUACAUUAAAAAAUGAGGCGUUUUUACUAAACGAGGGUGUUUAAAUUAGGCGUGUAUUUUGAAGAUUUUUCGCCCAUUUUCAGAACCUUAAUCUACCAACCCAUUAGUACUCGCGGCUAAUUUGCUGGAAAUAUCAGAGGAAUGGUUGCAAAAGAAUCUAAUUAUCAGUUCUCGUGCCAAGCUGGUUAUCUCUCUAUUACGAAUUUAAUCCCAGAACAAAUCCAAAGUAACGACCUAAUUUAAUACUUUUUGUGCUCGUUGGGAAAGCGCCUUUCGACAAACUUAAGCAACCAGAAAUUUGUUACAUACUCGAAUUAUCACACAGCUUCGUUGAAAAAUCGCAAUAGUUUUGUAUGAAAGUUAGUUAUCUAGAUAUUAAGGCCUAACAAAAAUAUACUAGCCAUGAUAUAUAUUAAAGUUUGUAAAUAUUGUUAAGAAUAUAUCCAGCAUGAAUUAUAUAAUAUAUUAAACUGUAGGUGUCAUAAAUUUAUAUAUUUUACAUACACGUAAUUAGUAUAGUGUUUCAAAGAAAUGUGCCAAUAUUCCGGUGAUGUUGCCACGAGUUUUUGUUAACACGUUUAUAUUAUACAAGAGGUGUUCUUGAAGCAUAUUAUAUUGUAAUAGUAAUAACGUUGCAGAUCCACACACUUUCCAUUACAAAGGCAAUAAUUUUUUUCGGCUCACAAGAUGGUUCCUCGAAUAUCAUUUUUGCACUGAUUAGACUUAGAAACUGCAAUAAUUUAAUUGAAUUACCUACAUCACGGGCAUCUCGUUAAUAUUUUAAAAAUGAUUGCGUGAUCUAUAUCAUUGACGCAUGACUAGAGCUUAGUCCUCGAUUAACGUCGAUUUGUAUUGUCAAAUUGAGAAUUAAGCUUCACUAAUAGGGAGUUAUAUACCUUUGGUUAUUGGGUUAGGUUCCUGUACAAAUAUAUACACAGCAUAGCAAAUUAUCCAUACAUAUGAUAAUGUAGAUACUUGUUUAACCAUUGGUUAAGAUUAGUAGAUCAAUGUUACUGCAUGUAUUUAACAUAUUUAAAGCGUUGUUUGUGACUUCAACAACAGGUAAACUAUUUCAGUUCAAACUUAUUAGUUAACUUCCAUGAAUACUCUUGACAAUAAAUUUAUUUGGAACUGAA